AGAAAGGAGCGUGCACCGUACGCAAAACACUGAAAAAAUAACAGGAGGUGAAAUAUAGGAGAUAUUCGUAAAAACAGAAGCUGACACGAGCCAAGCCCAGGGCUCCGGAUUCCUUCACGCAUCUCUCACUCUCUUCUCUAUUUCUUCACGCUUUCCUCUCCUUCCUUCUGCUAACUAACUCCUCUCUGAAUCAAAAAAUAUUCUUAGAAUUGUAACGGAUUGAUCGAUUGACGGCGGCGACGGCGGCAAUAUAUGGAGUCGGGUUCUGUUCUCUUUCUGAUAAUUUGUCGACGAUGAAACUGAUUAAACGACGUAGUAAUGGUAUUAUCAUCUGUGCGAGAAGCAGUUGUUCUAGGAGAGAAGUAGGGACGGUGCUGGGGUGUUCGUCGCCGAGUAAGGCCGUGGCUCCGUUGGAAUCGCAAGGAGAUGUGUGAUUGAGGAGGAGGAGGAUGAGAUGUUAUGAGGUUCAAGAUGUCUGAUUUUAAGGUGCUUGAUCGUGUCAGUAUUGGCCUUGGUGGCCGGGCGGAUGAGGUGGUUUUUGAAGCAAUAGUGAAGGAUUCUAAUAGCCCUUGGUAUAACAUUGAAGUUGUGCUUAGGAAACUUGUCCGUACUCAAGCAAAACGUAGAGGAAUGCGAGCAAUAGAGGUGUUGAAGAAGCUGGUUCGCCGUAAACUUAUGUACCAUUCUUAUUCGAUGCAAUUUCAUGGUUAUAUUUCUUCACCUUCUAGUGGCCGUGGUUCGUUUACUCUGGCACAUGGGUAUCAUGGUAGUUUUUCUUUGAGACAUUGGCUUCAACAAUCAGAUUGGCUUCCUACCUUGGAAGCCAAUCUUGCAUUGGAUGAGGAAUCUGUCAGGAGGGUGGGAGAUGACACGGUUGGAGGACCUGCUGUCUCUCGGCAGUUGCAAAUAACACACAAAUUGAUGAGGGAUCUCUUGAUUGGAGUGAACUACUUGCACAGCCAUGGACUUUCGGAUACAGCGUUGAGGCUGGAGAAUGUGCAUAUAAGCCCAGUGGAUAGGCAUAUUAAACAUCGAAUAAUGGGAAAUUUUGGUGGUUCUAGACUUACGGUUGAGGAAAGAUGUGUAGGAUUUAUGAUGGAAAAAAUGGUGCUGCGGGAACUCAUGGAUCCAUUAAUUUUCAUCAAGUUCAAAUCAUUCCUCAUGAAGGUACCAAGGUCCAGGUUUUGUUGCUGUGAAGGGCAUCCAUUUCAGCUUGCAUUGCUUGAAGCCAAUGUAGAUGUUGGAGAGCUUGUUGAAUUGGAGAUGGCUCUUAUGUGGAUGAAGAUAGUGAAACAGAAGUGGCAGGUUGAGGUGCUGAUUCUUCUUGAAUAUUUUCAGCAUUUUGAACAAUUGUUGCUGGAUCUUGAUGACUGA